GUGAUAAUCGGCACGGCACCUGGACGCAGCAGCAGCACGCGGACCGCGGACGGACAAUUGUUCACGGGGGUUAUACGGGUUUUGCGUGCGCGCACAUAAAUCACAAAGAGGCAAAGCAAAUCGUGAAAUACAUCAAUUAUCUUAAAUUAUUGAAGAUACUGAGCAAGGAUUGAAUAAGAAAAUAAGAAAAGAAGUAUUACUCAAUUCGAAUAUAACCGAGCGAUACAAAGGGUGGAAUAAAAGUUGAACGUAAGUGCGGAUUGAGUGUAUCAUAUAUGGCUUCGAUCGAAGAAGUUGAAGUCGUUGAAAUACUGGACAGCGGUAUGGGUAGCAGCGACGUAAGAUCCCCUGAAAUCAAAUCGAUUCUUCCGGAUGAUGGUGAAGAUGAAGAAGAUGAAUCGCUGGCUGAGAGACUCAUCGGACUUACAGAAAUGUUUCCGAAUGAAGUACGCAAUUUUGGAUACAAUUUUGGCUCUGGCUUGUGUCGUUGCAUCAAAGGUGUUUACGGAUUAUCGUGCACAGUGACGUGGUUAUUCUUUAGCUCUUCGGCAAUACUCUUUGCACCAGUGAUAUUUGAGAUUGAAAGAUCACAGUUAGAAGAGGCGCAGAGGGCUCAACAAAAACAAGUUUUACUUGGACCAAGUACAGCAAUGUCAAACGUGAGCGCAGGCAUGCCAAUGGCUCCGCCGGUACAGCGGUAGAUCAUUUGGGAAUCUAGUUACGAAAGCACUCAUCCAAGGAUACGCGUAAAACACACAUUACACCCGCAACAAUAAACGUUCAAUCUCGUUUUUCGGGUAAACAGCUGAACAAUCGACAAACAUUCGUUCCCGAACACGACAACCUAAAAGACGACGAAAAAUCACCUCGAUUUUUGAAUCUUUACGCAUAAAUCAUUCAGAGUUCUCGAUUAUCGAAAGAAAAUAAUUGACAGCGGAAGCUAUUUUCGUCCCAGUCCGUCGGCUUCAUCUGUCUCCACCAUUUCAAAUCAUACGUGCCAGCCAAAGAACAAUAAAAAUAAAAAAUAAAAUAAAAUAAAGCAUUUGGAUUUAUUAGAUAGGCAGAAGGUUGGUCAAGUGGAUUUCAUGUUCAACCCUCUAGACGGGACGGAAAACUAGACAAAUUCGAUGUCGCAUUUACAAAUAUGAUUAGGUCUUAAUCGCGGCCAUCAUUUGUCGACUGAUCGUAUUAAAAAUUUCUUUUUAUCACUUCUGUACAAGCCAAAUUCGAAUACCAUAAUGUUUGUUCUCAAUUUAGUCGGACGAAUAAAACUCAAUACUAAGAAUAAGAUCUAGUCUAUUGACUUUGGAAUUUAGAGUAAAAAAUCGUUCGGCGACCCUACGUGCAAUUAGAAUUUUAACAUUUUGCUGCUCGACGAAAUGGCAUUCGUUAACGAAAUCCAGAUUACGUGCAUUUUAUUUCUUUGCCAAUUACCAACUUGUAUUUGCUUGCAGUCUUCUACCAUUUAAGAGGUUUCGAGUCAUGUAAAUAGCUUGUUUCGUGCCAUAGCACGUUUGUUUUUCAUUUUGAUUCCUUAAUCUGUUUUUAAACUGGUAUGAAAUUUUUGGCAGCUCGUAUCAUCGCGAUCAAAAGAAGUAAGUGAGAACACAACAAGAAGUCAACAAGCUGAUUAAAAACGAGACAAAAUGUAAAAAAUUUCACCAACUCGACGAUGAAUACGGUGUCCCAAUGUGUAAACUUUAUUAGUCAAAUGAAAUGAUGAAUAAAUAUUCGGGGAACUGGAA